CCGCCCCGCCCGCCCGUCCUGCCGGCCCGGCGCGCCGCGGCCCCGCCGCCGGAAAGAUGCUGCCCCUCUCCAUCAAAGACGAUGAGUACAAGCCGCCCAGGCUUAACCUGCUCAGGAAGGUGUCGGGCUGGUUCAGGUCUAUCCUGGCGGACAAGACUUCCCGCAACCUCUUCUCCUUCCUCUGUCUCAACCUCUCCUUCGCUUUCGUGGAGCUGCUCUACGGCAUCUGGAGUAACAGUUUAGGUCUGAUAUCAGAUUCUUUUCAUAUGUUUUUUGACUGUACUGCUCUAUUGGCUGGAUUAGCAGCUUCAGUUAUUUCAAAAUGGAGGUCAAACGAUGCUUUCUCAUAUGGUUAUGUUCGAGCGGAAGUACUUGCUGGGUUUGUAAAUGGCUUAUUCCUCAUCUUUACAGCGUUCUUCAUUUUUUCUGAAGGUGUUGAGAGAGCCCUUGAGCCUCCUGAUGUGCAUCAUGAGAGACUUCUUCCUGUUUCUAUACUAGGAUUCAUUGUAAAUCUGAUAGGAAUAUUUGUUUUUCAGCACGGAGGUCAUGGGCAUUCCCACAGCUCUGGGCAUGAGCACAGCCAUUCUCUGUUUAACGGUGGUCUCAGCCAUGGGCACAGUCACAGAGAUCAUGGACACAGCCAUGAACAUAAACAUUCCCAUGGACACACUCAUGGUCAUGGCCAUGGACACUCUCAUGGUCAGGAUUAUUGUCAUGAUGACCAUUCCCUUGAAGUAAUGGCUGGAUCCAGCAAACAGAUUUUACAAGGUGUAUUUCUGCACAUUGUAGCAGACACGCUGGGAAGUAUUGGUGUAAUCAUAUCUGCUAUACUGAUGCAGAACUAUGGUCUAAUGAUAGCAGAUCCUAUUUGCUCAAUGCUGAUAGCACUACUUAUAGGUGUAAGUAUUGUUCCACUUUUAAAAGAGUCCAUUGGGAUUUUGAUGCAGCGAACUCCUCCUUCCCUGGAAAAUGCCCUGCCUCAGUGCUACCAGAGGGUGCAGCAGUUGCAAGGAGUCUACAGUUUACAUGACCCACAUUUCUGGACCCUCUGUACUGAUGUUUACAUAGGGACUUUGAAGUUACUAGUAGCUCCUGAUGCUGAUGGGAGGUGGAUUCUAAGCCAGACUCACAAUAUUUUUACUCAGGCAGGAGUAAGGCAGCUUUACAUACAGAUUGAUGUUGCAGCCAUGUAGUCAGUUUCUGGAAUGGUGCUGUUGGACCAAAGUUUUCAGUACUGUACUGGUGUAGCAACACUUCUUGAGACAGAGCCUGCCUCCACCACGUCUGGAAUUGACUGAAUAGAUUUCUGCCCUUGGGCUACGGAGGAAGUUCACUUCUAAGGAGUAAAUAUUGAAUGAAUGUUAUGGACUUUGGGUCUUGUUUUUUCUGGGGCCCCUAAACUUGUAAGUUUUUGAGGGUUUUUUUACUUAAUAAGGUUGUGGUACUGGAAACCCUGUCAUGUCUUCAGUAAAGCUGCUGAAACCACUGCUCAUUCCCAUAAAACCAGUGUUAUCGGCAAUUGGAAACUUGUUUUGUAGACAAUGUCACAAUGGCUGACAUGCUUCAAUAUAAUUGUAUGUUUGUACAAUUGUUUGUACUUUGCAAACUUAAUGAACCAAACCAUAUUGGGUUUUCAAAGUGCCUUUUAUAUCAGGAGAGCUAUUUGCCAGCAUUAAUAUGGAGCAUCAAAGGGUUUUACUACUUUUACAAAUAAUCGUGUAUGCAGUCUGAUUAUUUACUAGUGAUGUAUGCGGGGGGGUUGUGUACUUACAUAACUGUAGAUUGUUAGACUUCCAGUAUAUUUGCAUCUUACCAGACAGAAAAAUUCUAAAUGUAAAAGACAAAGCUGUUGUCAAGAGACAUGCUUCUGAGACAAGCUG